CACAGGAUACUUCCCUACAGGAACAGAGGCGCCAUGCAGCCCCGGGUGCUCCUUGUUGUGACCCUCUUGGCACUCCUGGCCUCUGCCCGAGCGACUGAAGCCGAGGAUGCCUCCCUCCUCAGCUUCAUGCAGGGCUACAUGGACCGCGCCACCAGGACCGCCCAGGAUGCACUGACCAAAGUGCAGGACUCUGAGAUGGCCCAGCGGGCCAGGGGCUGGAUGAAUGGUGGCAUUAACUCUUUGAAAGACUACUGGAGCACAUUUACAGACAAGUUCUCCGGGUUCUGGGAGUCCACCCCCGACGCCAGCCCAACUCCGUCGUUGGAGGCCUUCUGA